GGUGUGAAGCUUGUACAUCUCUCCUGUAUUCAAUCAAUCGAAGAAUUUUGAACUGUGCAUCAUGACUCCGGAGGGGAAAGCGCUGUCAAACAUAGUGAUCCUGGGCUUCGGCUUCAUGCUCAUGUUCACUGCCUUCCAAACAUGUGGAAACAUAGAGCAAACUGUUAUCAAGAGUUUGAACAACUUCACCGCGAGUGGAUAUACAAGCAUGUCCAUCAUCUACGGUGUCUUCUCGGCCUCCAACCUGGUGGCUCCCUCGGUGGUGGCCGUGGUCGGCCCUCAGCUCUCCAUGUUCUUCAGCGGGCUGCUGUACAGUGCGUACAUCGCCAUGUUCAUCCAGCCCCGAGUCUGGAGCUUCUACACAGCCUCGGUGUUGGUCGGCUUCGGAGCCGCAGUGCUGUGGACCGCCCAGGGGAACGUUUUGGCUAUAAACUCCACUGACACCACGAUCGGGCGCAACAGCGGAAUAUUCUGGGCUCUGCUGCAGUUCAGCUUGUUUUUUGGGAACCUGUACAUCUACUUGGCCUGGCAAGGACACGAUCACAUUUCAGAGAAGGACCGGCAGACGGUCUUCAUCUCCCUCACCGUCAUCAGUCUGAUCGGCUGCUUCCUCUUCUUCCUCAUCCGCAAGCCGGACCCGUCUGAGCCCACUCCCUCGGAGACCUCCGAAGCCCCCCUUCAUACCGAGUCCACCGACAGCGCGUCCGUCUCCGGUCCUCCUAGGAGAUCUCUCUGCACUCAGGCUCUUGACGCCUUUGUGAAGGCCUGUAAGCUGUCCGUUACCAAGGAGAUGAUGCUACUAUGUAUGCCCAUCAUGUACACAGGUCUGGAGCUGACAUUCUAUAGCGGCGUGUACGGAACCUGCAUUGGCGCCAUGACGCGCUUCGGACACGACGCUAAAGGCCUGAUCGGAAUGUCAGGCAUUCUCAUCGGAGUUGGAGAGAUCCUGGGAGGGGGCGUGUUUGGCAUUCUGAACAAUAACCGCCUGGGCAGGAACCCUGUGGUGCUGCUGGGGCUGCUGAUACACUACCUGGCCUUCUACCUCAUCUUCCUCAACAUAGCCCCAGACGCCCCUCAGGCCCCGGAGGAGGGCACCGACCUGCAGGCCUACAUGACCCCCAAUGUGGGCGUGGCCCUGUUCUGCAGCUUCCUACUAGGUUUAGGAGACAGCUGCUUCAACACUCAGCUCCUCAGCAUCAUAGGCUUCCUGUACAAGGAGGACAGCGCCCCCGCCUUCGCAGUCUUCAAGUUCAUACAGUCCAUCAUGGCAGCCAUCGCCUUCUCCUACAGCAACGUGCUGCAGCUCCCCUGGCAGCUGCUGCUCCUGGUUGUCACCGGCUUCAUGGGGACGCUCUCCUUCUUCCUGGCCGAGUGGUUGGUGGUGGCCAAGCGCCGCGACUCGGACUACGACAGCAUCUGAUUCAUGCCAGGAGGAGGAGGAGCAGGAGGAGGAGGAGGAGGAGGAGCAGGAAGUAGGGGACGCCACCACUGUGGCGGGAACGUCCGCUACUCUGUGCUCCUUGCCACGUCGUCCGGGGAAGACACCGACUCCCUCUCUGACCCUCCCUCCCCCUCUCCCACUCCUCCCCUCCACGUCUCACCUUCCCAGCAUGCCUUUGGUGGAACUGGAGGUUUAACGAACUGACAUGUUAGAACCGGAAGGUGUUUCUUGUUGACGGAACUGGUUCAGUCUACGGAAAAACCUUCAUUACCCUCCUCUUCACUACUUCUUUCUUUAUGGUCACGCAUAAUAAGACGGUCAGCCAUGGUUUCUGCUGAACAACAUUAUGCACUAUAAACACACAGCUAGUGAACGCUUUUAGCCCAGAGUGCUUUUGCACUCUCAUCAGUCACUUAGGUUGGGUAUUCUGGUGUCGGCGGCGGCAGCCAUCUUGAAUGCUGACAUCGCACAUCUUCACAUGACCCGUGACAUGAGGUCUCGGGGAGCGUGUUUUCUUACUGGGGAAGAAAUGGGGAGAAAACCGCUGGGUUGGUAAAGGGAAACUGAAAAAGUUGCUAUAAAACGAGACAUUUCGUGGUUUGUUUACUGAUAAAGUCCUGCUCUGAGCUGUGGGAUUUGCUGAUUCAUCAAGACAUUCAAAAUGUCUGCCUAUUUCUUCGGAAGAAGCCUUAACUUCACUGCAGGAAGGCUACGGGUUUAGAUAUGAGACGGCACAACGUUGUGUUAGGUAACGGGUCAUUUCAACCUCAUCCAAGAUAUUCCCUUCAAUUUAUUAUGUCACUUUAUUUUCAUUGUAUUCAUGUUUAUUCACAUUUUAUUGGCCAAUAAACAGCCAUGCAUACGAUAGGUGGGAAUUUUUCCCUAAACACAAAUUGAAACGCAAUAUUUCUUUACCAGAGUGCAUUGUGCCAUGAGGAGUUGCUGUUUUUUUUUUUCACUUGUCUGUUUGCUGUUCAUUUGGACAACAGAUAUUAUGGAAUGGCAUUAGGCCUUAGUGUUUGUUUGUAAGUGACUUGGAUGUCAAGGGAAAUGAACCUUCAUGUAUCUGAAUGAUAUUUUUUACUUGAAUCUAGUAAUUAAAGAAACUAUGAUUUUCUGA